UGUUCUCCACUCCUACUGGACUAAAUUAUUCUACUUUCACACUAAGUAAUAGGCAAUGGAACGAAAGAAAAGCGCUAUUUUUCAGCUUAGCCUUUUGGCAGUAAUACAAUGGCUUAGUAUAGUCGUGAUUAUUUUGAAUACGUCGGCUUUAAAUUCAAUGCGAAAUAGCACUAAUCAAAUUGAUGCUGCAGAAGGAGGUCCAACCUUUACAGAUUUUGCAUCACUUAUUCUAGGUGCGAUCUCGCUGAUCGUUGCCUCAUUAUUGCUAUGUCUAUACCUUCACUUGAGUAUGGGUCUGGUAGCCAACAGCAAUCAUCCUAUCUACUUCUCUAAGAAUUUGCUGACGGCAGAAAUAUGCUUGUCGCUUAGUAUCAUAACCCGCAUUAACAAAUACAGAUAUCUAAUUACCGCACCGCUUGUAUUUUUACUUGCAAAAUACUAUUCUUCAGAAGUGUCUGCGUGCCAAAAUAUGGAUCCCUCUCAAUCACCAACGGCAACAGAAUCAUUUCCAAAUGAACUAUGGCAUAGCAAUAUUGCUGCAAAAACUUGCAGUACAGCUAAUGCUAUGAUUACUAUAGGUCUCGUUACAAUAUGUGUUUGGAUGAUAGUAUUGAUUUUAUCAAUUUACAUAUAUUAUUAUCAGCUAUGCGAUGGCUCUUGUGCUAAUUUACUUACAUCCACAUUCUCAGUGCACCCAUACUGCGAACAGAAUAAGAAUACCCAUAAUAUGACAACCACGCCUAUCCGACAACAAGCUGGUAGUCUUCGAGACAAAUAUUCACCUAUCAUUAAUCUUCAAAUGUCUGCACCCAUAACAACAUCAACCGCAAUAACAAAAAGCAACAGCAAUGCAAUGGAUAAAGAAACGGAAACAACAACAAUAGCGAGUAAUUUUUACAAUUUUUCAGCUUCAGAAAAGGCAACCGCAGUAUCUAUGUUAACAAAUAACGAAGCAACAGUAGUAAUGGAACAAGAGGAAAAAGGAGGCAUGUUCAAUUACACUCAUGCCAGAUUGAGUGCCUUCUCAACAAAAUCAACCAAUCAAUUUACAGAAGAGGAUGUGAUGCACAAAAAUGCAUAUUACCCUCAGGAACAAAUGAUAAGCAUAUCACGACCGCCGUCGACAUCGGCAAGAUCAACUGCUCGAAGAUAUUGGGAUUAUUUCCAAUUCGAGCCCGUGAAUCUUAACUUAAUGCUCCCAACGACUCACGAACUCAUAGGAGACCAGAAACGUGAUAGCUUCUAUUCCUAUUCUUACCACUAACGUCUUUUGCGUGCGUUAUUAACUCUUUAGAAACCCUUAAUCCAUUAAUAAUUGAUAUAUAAUUUUCAAACAUUGAUCAAAUAACACAAUUUCAAUGAUGUACAAGAAGAGGGAAUUGUUAAAUACUUACAGGAACAAGAAUAAUUAU